AUGAGCAAGUUCGGUGCCAUGAUCAUGGGCCCAGCGGGCGCGGGCAAGUCUACUUUCUGCGCCGCCCUCAUCACUCAUCUUAAUCUUAAUCGCCGUUCUGCCUUUUACAUUAACCUUGACCCUGCCGCCGAAUCAUUUGAGCAUGAACCAGAUCUCGACAUUAAAGAACUUAUUUCUCUCAAAGAUGCUAUGGAGGAAGUUGGCCUCGGACCUAACGGUGGCCUGAUAUAUUGCUUUGAGUUCCUUAUGGAGAACCUCGACUGGUUGACUGAAGCUCUCGACAGUCUAACUGAAGAAUAUCUCAUUAUCUUCGACAUGCCUGGCCAGAUCGAAUUAUACACACAUGUCCCUAUUCUACCCGCUCUGGUCAAAUUUCUGUCCCAGCCGGGCUCUCUUGAUAUCCGCAUGGCCGCUGUCUAUCUCCUCGAAGCCACGUUCGUCGUCGAUCGAGCAAAGUUUUUCUCUGGUACUCUUAGUGCUAUGAGUGCCAUGCUCAUGCUCGAGGUGCCACACAUCAACAUUCUAUCCAAGAUGGAUCUCGUCAAGGGCCAAGUGAAGAAGAAGGAUCUCAAGCGCUUCCUUACACCCGACGUAGGUCUGCUCGACGAUGACCCCAUCGAGCGUGCGCGUCGUGUUACAGAGGGUCCUGAAGCCGAAGAUGACGAGUCAAAGGCACCUGACGAGAAGGAACAAGUGAUGAAAGGUGCUAGUUUCCGACGACUGAACCGAGCUGUGGCUGGCCUGAUCGAGAGCUUCAGCAUGAUCAACUAUCUCAGGCUAGACGUGACCAACGAGGACAGCGUUGGUGCUAUUCUGAGCUACAUUGAUGACUGCAUACAGUUCCACGAAGCUCAGGAUCCCAAAGAGCCCCACGAUGAGGAAUAUGAGGAUCAUGAUGACUAG